CGAUAUGAUAAUGAUUAUGAUAAUGAACGCCACGCGAAAAGCUACAGGUGUAUCAUAAUUAGAUUAAUGACGUAAUUGCAUCAUAUAGCGGUGCAGGUGUUCGACAUGAUGACGUCAUGGUUUGGAUGCCGGUAGUUCUCGGCGCAGGUGCGCAGGACAGCAGCGCUUCUGGAUUUUUGCGCCAUACUUGAAACGAAGAUUGGUAACAGCCGUACGGCUGGAAUAUUCUUGAGUCUAUCGUCGUUUAGGUGCAUUUCUGGAACAAGCGAACAUGUGUAUAGAAAACCUGACCUAAAGUUCCUCGGCUGGAAGAUGGACGUAAUUUGCAACGCAGGUGGCGUGUCAGAAGAGCCGGUACAAGUUGUGGACAUCACAUCGGGAUCUCAUUUAGAACUUGCGUCUCCUGCGUCAGGCGUUCCCGAGAAGCUGGCUCAAAAUGUCUGCUUCCAGCCCAAACCGUUUCCAGCGGAGUUCUGCAACGUGGAAAAGACGCAGGAAGGACCAGCGAGGCAUGGUCAUGCGUUUGUCGGGGAGGGGUUCGUCCAGCCACCGCCUGCGAGCACACACCAUCACGGUAACUUCGUUACCUGUGGAAGAGGAGUAGUGGACUAUGACAACUGCUCGCAAUAUCGUCCAUUUUACCCCGGCGUGCCUUGGCAGUCGUUUUUCCUCGGCGGGAAUACCGUGAGUUCCUUCACGACCCUCGGGGCCAGGUGCAGUACCGUCCCGUCCGUGCGACCUGCCGUGGCCGCUCACUCCCUGCAGAGCCCGUACGUCAGCAAUCACGCCCGGCCGGUCCCCGUGCCUACCCCUCCGCCUGAAAACGACGACAUCGGCUACCUCCGAGGACAGGGGUUUCUUCUCUCCGUUCCUUCCAUCCCGAAUCUUGGUCCAGAAGAUGGCGACAAAACCGGACAUCUUACACAAGACAUUUCGCCUUCAAGCACGGCUUGCGUUGACCUCGAGAGCUUCUUAGAAAAAGAUGACGACUCUCGCUUGACUCCGUCCCCGGAAGAACCAAACCCUCCACCGUACGUCGGUGAGGACUUCGUCGGGCGUCACGUCUUCCGAGGCCCGCCCGCUGCAGUCACGUAUCCGACGCCCAAGCCCGAGCUGCUCAGCGAUGUCUUGCGGAAGGAGGGCGGCUCUCUGCCCGUGCCCGUUGCAAUCGUGCGACGCCGGCGACGGUCUAGCGGCAGUAGUUCGCUGUCAAGUCAUGAUGACCCAGAAGACAUUAUAGCAAAGAGACGUGAAGCGAACGCCCGUGAACGCCAGAGAGUACGCAACUUGAACACGGGGUUCGCCAAACUGCGGCGUAUGGUGCCCUCCCUCCCUCCCAACCGUAAGCCGAGUAAAGUGGACACCCUGCACGCCGCCAUGGACUACAUCCGCACCCUACAGUACGUACUACAGGAGGCGAACAGGUCCCCAGUGGUUCCGUUGGCUCACGCCGUAAGGUUUCCGGGGUUUGACGUCCCCAAUGAGAACGUGACUGUCGUGUACGGGACGUCAGGUGAACCAGUGAACAUGCCGCUGGACCCCGCCCCUCUACAGGUCCAGGCGGUAGCUGUACCCGGAAUGGAACACUUCCUACUUCAGCACAACCACCGGUCAGAGGGUGGUUCUAACCGGCAUGGCGAGCAGUUGUACCUAGAUCACUUCGGACUCAGGAAUAUGGAUAGACAAGUUAACCAAACUUCUUUACCGACGCCGGUUUUCUACAACGAGUUGAGCAUUGGGCAAACGGCAGAGGUUCAACCCGCUUAACGGAAACUGUAAGGAAGAAGGCGAUUGGUGUGGAGAAGAAACAAUCCCAGUAUUCCUUGCGACGCGUUACCUUGGCAACGUCCACUAACCACAUCCAAGAAACAGCUUAGCUGGCAUGAUUAUGUCAAAAGAUGUUUAUGAAAUCUUCUCCCGUGUAGUGAGGAAAAGAAAGGGAAAAGUAGUCCCUUGUGUCUUUAAUAUUAAUGUUAUAUAGAAUUUAUUUAUGCCGUUUCAAAGCAAUAUGUUUCAGAUCUAGACCUGUUUUGUUGACAAUAAGUGGAGACCUAGAAUCAUACACCUUUAGAAAAAGUUGCAAGGCAAACAAAAUUAUGCUGUAUAUUUUUCGUUGAUUUUAUUUGUUUUACUUUUAGUUCUGUUCACAAUUUUGCUUUACUUCUAAAAAUAAUGCGAAGUUAGCAUUUUUCGUUCCAUUACUAGAGACUAUACAAUACAGAUGUAUGAAUGAAACAGACCAAAGAAUUAUCUUACAAAUGUAUCCCUGUUAUGACGUAUGAUCAUUCCGUCCUACUUUAUUCGUUUAAUAUCAUUUACGUCUGAAUAUAUAAAUUAUCGAUAUGUCCGUAACAGACCAAGAAUGCGGACGAACUGUCAUCACCAAUUUGUUUGUCAACAUUAGCAUAAUGGUAUCGUCUGCGGGGCGACAUGAAACCGAACCGUGUACCGGAUUUACCGUACAAUGGGAACAAACUGAUAAGAAGAGCAAAGCUUGCAAAACUGUGGCCGGCCGAGAAACUAAGAUGAAUUUUGUCAGCAAAAAAAUUCUGACUCUGUAAUUGCUUUUCGUUGUUGGCCAACAUAAGUUAUUAAAAUACACUUGACACAGUUA